AUUAUGCAUCCCUAAAAGACCACUAUAUAAGGAGUAUUAUUGUAUUCUUUCUACAAUAUACCAUCAUUACUUUAAAAGAAGUGUCUUUCAUCAUUCAUUCUUUUUCCGAUUACUCAACCAAAGUUUUAUUUUCUAAUCCCAUCUCACUCUAUUUUCAAACAUUGAUAGGAUGGGGUCGAAUGUUAAUGUUUCCGAACCAAAAAUGGAUAGCAAAAAAUUUGAUUUUCCGCCCGGUUUUCGAUUUCACCCGACCGACAUAGAGCUCAUAAAUCAUUACCUUGUUAAGAAGGUUCAUGACAAUAGCUUCUCUGCUAUUGCUAUUGCUGAAGUUGAUAUGAACAAGUGUGAACCAUGGGAUUUGCCAGAAUUGGCAAAAAUGGGAGAAUCAGAAUGGUAUUAUUUUUGUGUGAGGGACAAAAAAUAUUCGACUGGUCAAAGAGCAAAUAGGGUCACUAAUGUUGGUUAUUGGAAGGCAUCAGGAAGAGAUAAGGAAAUUUAUGAUAAAAAUUUAUUGAUUGGGAUGAAGAAAACAUUAGUUUUCUAUAAAGGAAGAGCUCCAAAUAGUGUAAAAACUAGUUGGGUCAUGCAUGAAUAUAGAUUGGAGGGUAACACACUUUCUAAGGACAUUUUAUCAAAAAGAGGAAAGGGUGAAUGGGUUAUCAGCAGAAUCCAUGAGAAGGAAAGAUCUGAAAAGAAAAUGUAUGGUCCAAAACUUGGAAGAUUUAACUCCUUUAGAGAAGAACCAUCAAAUACUAAUGAAUUUAAUUUGAUGGAUUGUUCUCCACACACUAAUGGUGAGUCCUCUUAUGUGAUCAAUCCAUUCACCAUUCCAAAUCAAAUACAAGACAACAAUAUAGUUGACAACAAUGAAGCUAGUAUCAUGAAUAUUUCAUUCUCUUCAAAACAAAUUGAUGAUUAUCCUUUCGUUGAAGAAACACAAAACCAUUUCUUGCCCCAAGAACAAACUAUGUUGAGGAUGCAAUUGGAGAAUGAAAAUUAUGGAUUAAAUUCAAUGCAAAGUCUUCAACAUGAUUUUUCUUCUGGGAGAGAUCUUGAUACUGAUAUCUCAUCAAUUAUAUAUGAAGAUGACAUGUUUCCAAUGUGGUGUGGAAAUCAAGAAUUGCUACCCGAUUUUACUGGUCCUGUGAUCACCGAUAACUUGUGGAAUUAUUAAUGAAAUAAGGAUCAAAAAUAUCAUGUGAUGAUGUUAUUAUUAUAUAAAUAAAAUAUGUGCUGUAUAAUUAUAUUUAAGAGUGGAAAAACUGAUAUUAAUGUGUAUGUUUCUCCUUUA